AUGGGAUCAGUCACAGAACCCACGAUUUAUGGCAGUGCAGAGGAGAUGCUGAGGAAUCUAAACAUGAUACCUUAUGAGACGAUUAUUGAGUACAUGGCUGAUAUUGCACUCAAGAAAAGAAGCGAUCCUAAGGCUGUCACAACUCUGCUGAAAAAGUUAUACAAUGGUGAGGUUGACUUGAAAGUGCUUGAGCAUGCCAAGACAGAAAAGCUGGUGAGAGAGUUGUUGAGUUUGCCUCUUGAUAUGUUCAUGAGCUCAAACAAGCUGCAAUUUGAGUUGAUGAAGAAGACUGCCAGAGAACUACUCAAAAAAUGGGCUGAUUAGAGAAGAGAGAGUCGCAUGCAACUAGAUGUUGAAAGAAUGAGAAUGAAAUAAUUCAGCUUUCUGGGAAGAUCAUCUACCGAUAAAGAGGAGAUCCUCAAUUCUACCAAUUGCCUAUCCAAGCUCGAUGUAAAAGGUGUGAUUAACAUUACUCUCACAGAUAAUGAAAACACCUAGACUUCAUUAUGCACUGAUGAUAAUGAAAAGUCUUCGUUCUGUAGCAUGAACAAUCUUGACAGUCAAGAAGAGUUUAAAACUCCUUAAACCUCUGAAAGAGCCUCAAGUGAUGGAUGUGUGUAAUUGAGUUUGGAUGAUAAUAAGCCAAGAGAGAUAAGAUCAAAUAUUAGCAGCUUGAUUGAUGGUACUGGACUUACUUAUAGAGACGCUGUAAGAAGAAAGCUGGUAAAUACUUUCAAGGAUUCCAUUGCAAAAUUGGUCAAGGGCAAAGUCACAGAAGACGAUAAGCGUUGGGCGACUGAGUGCGCCUUAAGAAUAGAGGACGCAAUACAAGAGAAUUUUAAGUCAGGCAAGUCAUAUGGAGACAAGGCUAGAUCGUUAUUGUUUAACCUGAAUGACCCUAAGAACUUUGAGUUGAGGUACAAGAUACUCAAUCAGGAUCUCACAGCUACUCAGCUGGUAGUAACAGAUAUUAAGAAACUAGCCAGUGAGUAUAUGAAGCAACUCAGAGAGGAAUCCUUGCAUAGGACAUUGUCAAUGAAGAGGACUGACUGGGAAAAGCAACAGACUCUUGAUAAGGGUGAAUUUAGUGGAUUAUUUACUUGUGAGUGUGGAAGUGAGAAAACCGGAUUUGUUUAGUACUAGAUUGAGAGGGCUGAUGAGCCAAUGACUAACUUUGUUUAUUGCUAUGAUUGCUAAAACAGAUGGAAGUGCUGA